AUGUCCAAAAUACUCGAAGUGGAGUUUGUAUACCUCCCCCUCGGUCUUCCGGAAGUCGACCAUGCGAAAAACCUGAGCGUUCUUGAGGAUGUCAUCGGCAGUUUUUGGGGCAAGUCGGGGCCACCAUUUGAGUUGGCCAAUGGGAACAAGCAGUUCAUGCGCCUCAAGAGCAUCUGUGAAAGUGCCCGUCUCGUAGGAAGUGUGAGUGCUGUGCAAGCGGCUGCAGAAUCGUUUCUGCCCUUCCAACUAGAAAGUGUGGCCGAAUUAGAGGUAGCUGGGAGUGCGUGUGCCAAAAUCCUUCAGUCGGUUGGCAGCAAUGCCGAUGUCAGCAAAAUCUUUCCCGGUCCAUUCACAACAAGUAAUUUUGUUUUGUGCGCAGUAGUACUUUUGCUCAAUUGGUUUGUAAUUACUGUGUUCCAAGCGACAUUUUACCGCUUCCAACAUAAGAGAAGGCAUUUCGUUCCAAAAUACUUCGAUUGGGUUUUUAGUUAA